AUGAGUCUCCCCAAGACCACAUCCCGCUGCCUCAGCUCUCUCACCAGUUCACGUCUCAGCGCCGCUCCUCGAAUCAGCCUACCGUCCAGAGUUGCCUCACCUCGCGGCCUUACGAGGUUAUCACCCCAUCUCACAAGCACCGUCAAAUGCCAGACGCGGAGCUUUUCAGCCGCCAACCAUGUGGAUGCUUCCCAGCUCCAGUUUGGCCAACCUCUUCAUGAGACACACCCUCACCUGCUAAAAGCCGGCGAACUCACCCCGGGAAUCACAGCCCAAGAGUACUAUGACCGCCGCCUCAGGCUAUGCCAACACCUCCCCGCAGGCUCGGUCAUCCUCGUCGAAGCCGCCACCCUCAAGUGGGCCUCCGGCUCCGUCUUCUACCCCUUCCGCCAAGACUGCAACUUCCUCUACCUCACCGGCUUCCAGGAAGACAGCGCGGUCGCCGCCAUCCACAAGGUCUCCGACAACCCGGAUGACAUCUACUUCCACCUCUUCGUCCACCCCAAGAACCCCGCCAUGGAGCAGUGGGCGGGUCCCCGAUCGGGAGUCGUGGCCGCCCGCGACGUCUGGAACGCCGACUCGGCGCACGACAUCGCCGAGCUGUCCCUCCGGCUCCCUGAGAUACUGAAGCACGCUACCAUGAUCUACGCCGACGUUGAGAAACCCAAGCCCGGACAGGCGGGAAGCAAGCUCUGGGAUCUUCUCCAGGCCGGCGCCGGCACUGAGGCCUCGGCGCAAGCGAGCGGAAAGAUCGAGCGUCUAUCCCCCUUGAUGGACACCCUCCGCCUCGUCAAAAGUGAAGCCGAAAUCGCCAACAUGCGUCAAGCGGGUCGCCUCGCCGGCCGCGCCAUCACCGACCUCAUGCGCCGCGAGUGGGCCUUCGAGCGAGACAUAGAAGUAGCCCUCGAAUACGACGUCAAGAGAUCCGGCUGCACGGGGCUCUCCUUCAUCCCCGUCGUCGCGGGAGGUAAAAACACCCUCUGCGUCCACUACGUCCUCAACAACGCCGCCAUCCCUGCCGACUCGCUCAUCCUCGUCGACGCGGGCGGCGAGUACGGAAACUACGUCAGCGACAUCACGCGCGUGUGGCCCCAGAACGGCAGGUUCUCUGCCGCGCAGCGAGACCUGUACGAGGCUCUCCUCAGUGUCCAGAGGCGCUGCGUCACGCUCUGCCGCGAGUCGGCGAAUAAUUCGCUCAACGACAUCCAUCGCGAAGCCCGCACCGGCAUCGCCACCGAGCUGGAGAAGCUCGGCUUCUCUUCUGCGUUUGGAUACAUCGACAAGCUGUUCAAUCAUCACGUCGGUCACUAUGUUGGCCUGGACGUGCAUGACUGCGCCACCAUCUCGAGGAGUAUCCCGCUGAAGGCCGGCCACUGCGUCACCAUCGAGCCGGGCAUCUACAUUCCGGAAGAUAGCCGGUACCCUGCGCAUUUCCACAACAUGGGCAUGCGUAUCGAGGACUCCAUUGCUGUUGAUAAGGAUUCGCCUAUCAACCUUACUGUGGAGGCUGUCAAGGAGAUUCCGGAUAUCGAGGCUCUCCGUGUGUAG